GACAACCACCGAGACCCAGCACAUCCCUCGCGACAAUGUCCUCGCCCGCCCCGCAGACGUCCUCGGGUGCGGCCUCAGGCAGCAACAGCGGUUCGGCGACAUCAGCCGCCUCCGGCUCUGCGUCGACCAACACUGGCGGCUCGACCACUGUCCUCUCCAUCCCUCAGACUGCAGCCGCCGGUGGCCUGACCAUCACCCAACCUCCGCAAACGACCGUCUCUUUCUUUAAGAUAGCCCCUUCGCAAGAAGUUACCAUCGCAUGGAACUUCACGUCGCUCUACUCUACCCCUUCCCACCUCACCGUCAGCGCCAUUUGCGAAAACGGGAACACCUACCCUGUUGGGCCAACUGAUGGAGUUCUACCGGGAACGGCUACUAGCGUGGUCUGGGACCCGUACAGCUACAACCAAGCAAACCCGAACACGCCUCUGGCCCAGGCCACCUACACGCUUAGCAUCUGGGACGAUCGAGGUAGGAACCCCUCGAGAGCGCCGGGGUUGUUCCAGCCCAACGACGCUCUGACGUUUGCGCUGUAUAAGCCCCAGAGCUAUACACCAUUAGCGAGCGGGUGGCAAUGUACUGGGUGCUCUGGCUCUGUCUCCACAUACACCUCCCACCCAGCUUUUGCUGGAUUCAUUGCCACGCUAGUGGUGAUGAUCCUCUCGGGCGGCGCCCUCAUGCGUCACCUCUGGCGGUGAACUGACUCGGUUUGAGUGCUCCGGAGUAUGAGGGCACGGUUCCGUUGGCGGAGAUCGUAAAUUAUGUUCGGGCUGCAGCACAGGGACCCUACUACUACGCCUUACGCCUCUUCACACUCCUUAUGACCGCUAUCCUCGCAUGGAACGGACCACUUGACAUACACAUCUCGCACAUCGACCGCAUUUCAUUCGCAUGUUCUUCAGAUUACCGUACCGUUGGACCGUGUUUUCUCUUUGCGUAAUUUGAGUGGAGCUUUCAUAGCUAUAUCUGUC